AUGGGGUCCUUGGGAAAGCAGGCAGAGGAAAAGAUGCCGUCACCAGCUGAGCUGGCAGAGUUUGGGAUCACAGACGAGUUCUUGGACUUUGUCCGUUCACUCACCUACAGCACGUUCAGAGACUUCCCAGCAGAUGCGCUGCCAUCUCCCACAAAGGUGGAGGAUGAGAAGUCAAUGGACCAGAUCAAGUACCUGACGCCCUGGCAGGAACAUCAUGCGAUGCUGGUGGUCCAAGUGGCGAAAGAGAUCAACGAGCUGCGCUAUGUGCUCUGCCCCAAGCGCAUGACGGAUGCCCAGUUCUGGCAGAUCUACUUCCAGCUGGCCAAGAAGUACUUGCCUGCCGAGGCCUUUGACACCUCGUUCGUGCCACCAAAGUCAAGCACACAAGCACUCACCUUUGCAGACCUGCAGGUCCGCCUUGCGCAGCUGUCCACAUCAGCCAAGCAGUGGAGCUCGCAGACGCAGGCGCAGCUGCGCAGCGUGGCGGCCGGCCACUUCGGGACGCCGGGGGAGGCUCCCUCCAGCGCGCUGCAUGAGAUCGCCGCUGCCCGGGGAUCCGGCGCCGCUGCCGGCUCGGCCGCAGCGGCCUCCUCCAGCAGCAGCAGGGAGCCGGAUGCCUCAGCGGCGCCGGAGGGAGAGCUGGAUGCAGACCAGGAGCUGGAAGCUUACCUCAGGGAUGUCAUGCAGAACGAGGACGGCAAGGAGGCGGAUGCAGGAGAGAAGCCGUCAGGGGCCAAGCAGAGUGGAGCCGGGGAUGGGGCGCUCGGUGGCAGCGCAGCCGGCCACCUGUCUGAGACAUUUGUGGACGCCCCAGAAAGCACCGGGGACGAUGAAGAUGAUGAUGAUGAUGACGACUUUGAGAAGUACCUGAAUGAGCUUAGCGACUCAGAAGAUGCUGAGCUGGUGGAAGGGCAUGCCGGCAAGGAUGAGGAGGCUGACCCAGCCAAGGAUGAGUACGAGAGCGGAGAAGACCUUGACCUGGACGACUACAUGCGCGUGCUGGCAGACGAAGACAAGUAA